CUAACGUCUGUGGGAGCGACCUUCUGCUACCUGCUCUCUGCCGCGUUCGGAAAGCAGUUCGUCGUCCACUACUUUCCUGAUAAAGUGGCUCUGCUGCAAAGAAAGGUAGAAGAGAACAGGAGCUGCUUAUUUUUCUUCCUGUUGUUCCUGAGGCUGUUCCCCAUGACACCAAACUGGUUUCUGAAUCUCUCAGCUCCCAUUUUAAACAUCCCUGUGUCCCAGUUCUUCUUCUCCGUUCUCAUCGGUCUUACACCAUAUAAUUUCAUCUGUGUGCAGACAGGAGCCAUUCUGUCACAAAUCACCUCUUUGGAUGCCAUUUUCUCCUGGGACACGCUGCUCAAACUGCUUGCGAUGGCUGUGGUAGCAUUGAUACCAGGGACCCUCAUCAAGAAAUACAGCAAGAAGCACUUGAAGCUGGAUGAAAACAAGCAUGCUCAGUUACUCAAUGGCAAAAAGAGCUUGUGAUGGCUCAGGUGCCCCAGAUGUUGGGGGACUGCCUCGCAAAAGCUGCAGGUCUCUGUUCCUGUAGGUUAUAUUCUGCAUGCUCUGUGCCACCAUGGACCAAGGACAAUUGCAGUUUUUAAUCGUUCUUCUCGUCUAAGAGGAGGUGUAAGGUUCUUACUUUUAAUGAAUGUUUAACUGUGCAUGUAUCUGCACGGAGAGCACUAUACAGGGGCUUUGUGAACACUUCAGUUCAUUUGCCUGUUUCCUU